GGAUCGCCGAUUCCCGUCGACGGGCCGGAAGGCCCUGAAAUCGGUUCAGGACCUUCUUCCGAUGUACGAGGGCCCACGGUCGUCGGUUCCGGUUCCGGUGCGUAGACGGGCCGGCCGCGGAUCCGACGGACGCGGAGAACGCUGAAGAGAGGAGGGGAGAGAGCGCGAGUGUCUGCGCGCGUGGAGAGGGAAGGUUGCCAAAAAUGCGGAUCUAUUUCGGUCCCGCGUCGGUGGCGAGCCUUCUAUUGGUCGAGACGGGAUCUGCCGGUGUGCGUAAGUUGGCCGCGGUCCCCCGAAAUAUUAUUCGAUCGCCAGCCGCGUCCGGCGAAGUAACGUCGAAGGGACUUCCGCGCCACGACCGUAAUUCGACUCCCCGGACCUCGGUAUCCCCGAUCCCCCGGCGCGCGGUCCCCCGCACACGCGGUGUGGCCGGAGGGACGAGGCGAAGAGCCAUGCCCAGAGCCUUCCUCAUCACCAAUCGGCGCUACGACGCCGACUUCGACUAUCGACGUUCGCACGUGCCCACCGAGAACAGCCCCGAGAGAAGCGUCCGGACGGCGGAGGACCCGACGGACGGAGAGGCCAGCGACCCCCGACCGGCCCGACCCGACGGUCCCGGAUCCCCGGCCGACACCACCCGCGCCCCUUCGCCGGGGCGCCGCCCGCCCCAGCCGGGGCCUCCCGGGGCCCGGUCGCUGGACUUCCCGCGCCCGGCGGUGGCGCGGGGCCAGGCGGCGGCGCUGCACCGGACGGUGCUAGCGGCGGUGGUGCGGCGGAUGGCGUGCGAGGAGCGGGCGGCGCCCCCCCGGGAGGCGCACGCCUGUCCCGAGUGCGGCAAGCGCUACAGCACUUCCAGCAACCUGGCCAGACACAGGCAGACGCACCGCAGCGUGACGGACAAGAAGGCGCGCAAGUGUCCACACUGCGACAAGGUGUACGUCUCGGUGCCGGCCUACAGCAUGCAUGUCAGGACCCACGGUCGGGGCUGCCAGUGUCCUUACUGCGGAAAGUGCUUCAGUCGACCCUGGCUGCUGCAGGGCCACGUGCGCACCCACACCGGGGAGAAGCCCUUCGGCUGUCCCGUCUGCAACAAGGCCUUCGCCGACAAGAGCAACCUGCGGGCCCACAUCCAGACGCAUUCCAGCAGCAAGCCCUUCAUCUGCCAGAGAUGCGGAAAGGCCUUCGCCCUGAAGAGUUACCUCUACAAGCACGAGGAGUCGUCCUGCAUGCGCCUGCACCGCCGACAGGCCGACCCGCGCGCCUAGCGGCGCCCGGUCGAUUUCCUUUUCGUGGACCACGGAAGCGUCCGUCCCUUGCCGGGUCCGGCGGCGUUCCGAGGGACUUUUUCUCCUCCUCCGAAAAUAGGUCCGGGCCCGGCUCUUCCCGGAAUCUCUCAUCCGCCUCUAUUUAUAGUCGGCCGCACGGCAGGUCACCGCCGCCCGGCGGCGCGGCACACGUCCGUCCUAUUUAUUUCGAUAACUUAUUUACGGCGGGUCCGUCCGACGAGAGAGACCUUCCGCUCCGCGGAUUCCCGUAGGGCGGCGGGAAGGGCCCGGCACUUUAUUUUUGUAAGCGUCUUCCGCCCGACGUAUUUUUUUGUACUUUUUUAUAACGAAGGACUCAGCGCGUCCAAUUGUAUUUCUUGUGUUUUUGUAUUAAUAAACCGAGUUUUGUACUUAAUCCGUCUCCGUCUGCAAAGGAAAGACUUGGGCGGAACGUCCGUCCGUCGUCUGGGCUUUAAAUAGAGAGAUGCCCGAAAUAAACGCGGGUCGACGAAUCCUUCCCGGGGGAGGCCGAACCACCCGAACGAGAGGAGCGUCUCCCGGCCCGCUCCUCUCCUUCGGUUCGGCACGCGCCCGAGAAAUACAACUCCGCCGGAUGCGAGCAGCUAUAUUUAUCCGGGACGGGCGCGUGGCCGAAUCUUCCCCCCGCGGACGGGAAAGUGGCGGGCGGUGGGAGGCAGCGAGUGGCGACGUUCCCUCCUGGACCGCUUCCAGAGCUAUAAAAAUGCGACAGGUGUCGCCCCCUUCCGCUUUCCGUCGGGAGGAAGGUUUGCCCACUUUCUAAUUCGGUCGGCGCCGGGAGAAGGUCGCGACCGACUUUUCUCUCGGGUGUCGGACUUUUCUCCGACUCCUUUCUUCCCUCCCGUUUGUCCGCAUCCGCCGGCGGAGAGACGAUGGCCAGACGACAACGCUUUUCUAUUCCGGGAAAGAAGUCGCCCGCGGAUGGACUUUAGAACGUAAAUAGCGGAAAGGAAAGAACGCAGAAGAAGAAGGCGAGAGACGGGUGAUUUCCGGAGGAGACGAUGCGGCUGACGUCUUUCCGUCGUUUACCGGAAGAGUUCGGCACGAAACAGAGGAAACGAUGCCAGACCGCGGGUUUCUUUCCGAGGGAAUCCCAAAGG